CGGCUGUUCGGUUUCGGGUUGUUGACUGGAUGGAUGGGGAGUCUGGGUGGGUUGCCUGUCAGUUCGUGUUGUGAAGUGGAUUUUUCUGCCCCGUGCGGACUUUUUUGAUGUAUUAAGUACAUUUUUCUAAGCCACGGGCGGCCUGCAUUUCAAACCAGAGCGACCAAAGUUCAGUGAUUUGUGCAUUGUGUUGAAGAACAUAAAGUGUGUGCGUGUGUGUGUGUGUGUGCGGCCCCGGUGCAAUAGUACCCGAGCUGGACGACCCAGCCUAGGCUUUCGCUUACAUCGUUCGGGUUAUCGACUCAUGUGGAUUUCUUCAGUCCGUGCUAAAGCUUGGCCAUGGCGGGUUCACCGGCGCACCGCGUGACGGAGGACCCCGUAGGGACCCAAACAUGAUCUAAGGGCAAGGUACGAGGAUAAACAGACCAGCUCAAUGAUGGACGACAAAAGAUCCAAUAGCCGGCAUGGCGGCUCCAAAGUAUCUCAAAUUGCUAAUAUCUUCCAAAGCAUGGGUCCCGUCAAAAGCGUCGACUCGGACAUAUUGGUCGCCCCGUCUCGCUUCCACGCCGGCAAGGGACCCCCAAGCGAGCAGGUUCCGACGUCGCCGAAAAUUGACGGGAAAGACACGAAGGACGCGAAGGAAUCUCCGAAGGAGGGGUCCGGCGUCACGGUCGUCAGGACGGAGAGUCACUUGGCUCGAUUUAACAACGCUCGCGCCCUCUUCGAAAAGCUAGGCACUGACGACGCCCGGCCCGGCAAGCAGACGAAGGCUGGCGGGGCUGGCGGGGCUGGCGGCCCCGGCGGGGCGGCGCCGGCCUCUCGAUCAUCGUCCGUCGAGUCCACGGGGCCCGAAUCCCCCGUCCGCUCCAACAAAGGGCACGCCAACAACGCCAACUCCUCUCCGCGAUCCAGAUCUCCAUCCCCGCAGCAGCAGCAGCGCGCCAACAGUCAUUCCAGAAUAAUUGACGGCUCUGCCAGAAACGGACCGUACACCAACGGCCACGCCGCCAAGACCAACGGCGGCGUGCACAACGGCGACGACAGCGCCGUCUCGGCCGUCUCGGCGCGCGUCGUCAACUCCACCGUCACGCCGCCCAAGGACUCCAAGGACUCGGCGCCGGCCGUGCCGCGGCACCGGUCGCCGCGCCCCGUGGGUCCCGUGUCGGCCGCGGACACGCACUCGCGGCCCCGCAACGGGCUGCACGCCGACAGGCACGCCGACAGGCACGCCGCCGAGGAGGCCGACCAGGGCGUCCACGCGGCGGGCAAGCGGCCCGACAAGCCCGAGAAGCCCGAGAGGAAGUUCAACAGCCGCGAGCUGAUCGAGAAGCAGAAGAACUGGACCUCGCACUUCUCCAAGGCCCGGCCGUCGCCCCGCUUCAACAGCGACCCCAACCGAACAGAGGUCCGCGUCAGCCUCAACAAAUGCGACUCCGGCAAGGAGGCCUCCCCCCCUCCGAGCAGCGCCCCCGCCACCCGGAGCGCCUCCUUCACCGGCACUCGGCCCGGCGUGCGCUCCCCGCCCGUGUCCCCGCCGCCCCCGCCGGCCAAGCCCGCCGCCCCCGCCGGCAGGGCGGCGCUGGGGGCGCCGGCCACUCCGGACGCGGCGGGCUGCGGCGCCCCGCCCACGCCGCCCGCCCGCACCACCUCCGCCUCCGCCGGCGUCCUCGGCGUCCACCCUCCGGAGCGGCUGGGCGAGUCGCCGGCCUCGGCCUCGGCCUCCUCGGGCUCCGACAGGCUGUCUGCGUCGCCCGUGUCGCCCACAUCGCCCGCCAGCUCGUCCAGCAGCCUGCACGAGAAGCAGGAGCAGGAGUCCCAGGAGAAGCGAGUGCCGCCUGCCUCGGCCAGCCCGGGCGCCAAAGGUGUCAAACCGGCCGACGGCGCGCAGAAAUUGGCGCCCCGCUGCUUAGAGAAAGAGUUCGAAGGGCAAAGACACAGUCACUCAAAUGGCGAUGCUCAAGAUCACGUUGAAAAUUUGGAGAGCGAUGCGCGCAGAAAAAUGGUAUCGUCUGUGCAACUGACUCUUCAAUCACCCCUGUCAGCAACUGCAAGACUGUUCCCUUCUGCCCCGGCUUCCUCAAUUUUACCUCAUCAGAAGAAAGGUCCCAAAGAGAUGGAUUCAUCAUCAGAUAAUGCCAGAAAAGCAGUGGAAGCUCCAAUUCUGCCACCCUCUGCUUUCAUGUCGAGUGGUGUGACAGCCUCUGCAGUGGACGACCAGCCUCUGUAUUCUGUCCCAAUCAAGAAGGGCCAUUCCAGGCAGAAGCCAGUUUCUUCCGCUGCUGCUGCUUCCAGCCUCAUGUCGGAAACAUUCAAGCCACAAGUUGUAGAAGCUCAACCACGAUCAACUACAUUUUCUGAUGAGAAAAGUGACCAUGAAUUUUUGAGCUCCUUUAACCCAUUACCAGCUGACUAUCAAUCAAAGCAGAAAUCAUCAAUAGAGUUUCUUCAUGAAGAAAGAGUUCACAAUCAGCAUAGUAGAUUGCCUGACUCUAGCCCACGUAAUUCUGUCGGCAGUGAUACCUCUAUACCUUCCAGCUUUAAACCAGAUUUAAGUAAACCAAUUGAUAGCAACACAAACCAUGAGGUUUCACCCCCUGGAGGAUUUGGAAGAAGGAGCUCUUCUGCUGAAGUCCUUGAUGAGUUCUCUCCAGGCUCCCUCAAAUCCGAUGUGUCCAGAGGGUUUGAAUCAUCAGAGACACUGUUGUCAAUAGGCAACAGUGCCAGUGAGGGAAAUGACUUUGACCAUAACUGUGAUAGUGGCAUUCAGCUUGAUAAAGUAAGUGAUAUUGACCAUCGUCUUGACCUACAAGAUGUGAAGUUUGCUGAUGAUGAAGAUGAAGCAGAAAUGAAGGAUUCAGGCGUAUUUUUGAAGCAGGAACUUCCUUCUGUUGAGAAAUCUGGCUGCUUAGAAGCAAAAUCAUCACCUCCAAAAGUUGUACCAGAAACCAUGACUGCAGAUGAAGCAGAAAAUCUUCUGAGUACCAGCAUUUGGGAAAAGCGAUUCCGGCAAGAAGCGUUGCUGUCUGAUGAAGAAGCUCAGGAGGUUAAAAGACUUCUGACCCCAGCUCAAACCCCAGACAUACUGCCAGAUUCAGAAGCUUCCGAAUGGCCGUCAGAGUCUGGGAUGAUACACAAUAAAUCUGCUGCUUUGAAUGACUCAGUCGCAUCCAGCCAGGCAUGGUCUCAAUCUGGUUCUGAAGCAAAUCUAGCUGAAUCAGAGUCUAGUGUGAUUACCGAAGAAGGAGAUUCGGAAACUUCUUUACUCGUUGACUACCCACCAAAAUCCUGCCAAGAGGUACUUGUGGAAAAGGGAGUGCAUUACUAUCAAGAUGGGCACUUCUGGAUGGAAGUGCCUGGACUUCCUGAUUCGGAAGACGAUGAUGACGACUAUCCAAUACCCGUUAAGAAAAACACGAAGGUCAAAUUUAGUAGUGGUCCUAUAAAGAUGUACAGCACAUUUUCAAUGACUGAUUAUGAUCGCCGUAAUGAAGAUGUUGAUCCUGUUGCUGCCUCUGCAGAAUAUGAACUGGAAAAGAGAGUUGAGAAGAUGGAUGUUUUCCCUGUUGAUCUGAUAAAGGGGCCUGAGGGACUCGGUCUUAGCAUCAUUGGAAUGGGUGUUGGUGCUGAUGCUGGACUUGAGAAAUUGGGAAUAUUUGUUAAAACAAUCACCGAUCAUGGUGCUGCGGCCAAAGAUGGACGUAUCCAGGUUAAUGAUCAAAUCAUUGAGGUGGAUGGAAAAUCUCUGGUUGGAGUUACUCAAGCUUAUGCCGCAUCAGUUUUACGAAAUACGUGUGGCCUUGUGAAGUUCCUCAUCGGCAGAGAGAGAGACCCGCAAAAUAGUGAAGUUGCUCAACUUAUACGUCAGUCUCUUCAGGACCGCGGAUGUGUGUCACAGGCUGAUCGGGAACGGGACGACCACCGGCGUCAGGUGGCAAUGCGACACCAACAUCAACAGCAACAACCCGGUUUGGAUUCAGCCACUGCCUCUCCUCCGUCGGAGAGUCAGAGUCAGCGCUCUGAAGAUAGUGCCACUGCGCCUAUCGGUGGUGCAUCUCCAGUUUCUUCAGAGGGUCCUCCCAGCCCACUAGGACAUGGAGCUGAUGAAGGAACUGCAAGUGAAGUUGCAAACCUACGAGACCUGCUCCAAGAGAGUCAGCAGAGGCUGGCAGUAGCUGACAGCGAAGUAGCACGAUUUAGAGAUCGGUUGAUGGAACUUGAACAACGAGGGAGCAGUGGCACUGAGGAGUAUGUUGAACGCCUUCGUCGAAUGAGUGCAAGACUCAGAGAAACAGAGAGAUCUCUUAUGUCGUCCAAGAAAGAUGUUUCCUCUUUUCAAGAAAUGUUGGAACAGUCACAGGGUCAACUCUCAGUUGUGGAAAAAAAAUAUAGCAAGGCCAAAAGGCUUGUUCGUGAAUUGGAGCAACGAGAGGCUGACUUACUGCAGCUUCUUCGAGAAAAAGACACAGAAUAUAAUGCUCUUGUUCGAUCAUUAAAGGAUCGAGUAAUCCGUCUGGAGCAGGAGCUCAUGGAUACCCAGAAGCGAGGAGGAUUCCCCAUAAUACUGCCUCAUGACAAACCUGUAACCCCCCAAUUAUCAAGGCGUAUGCAGCAAACCUCAGUGCAACCUCUUCUCCUCCAAUUGGGUGCAGAGUUAUCUGAUACAGAAAUAUCAGAUAUUAGCCCUGACGAUGGAGACAAAACAGCAACUGUGGAACGGAAGAUGCCUUUAAAAGAAGAACUCGACCGAGCUGUUCCACAACAUGAGCUUUUGGAUGUUUCUGCCUCAAAAGCCAAAGGUGAGCUUGGCCAGCGUGGUGGCCUUGCUGGAAGACAAUUACCAUCGCGAGAAAAAGGAGUCAGCAAUAGCAGCUCUGAUUAUGGCCUUGAAGAUAGCUGUGAAGAUAGUGAAGAGGACCAUUCAGCAGCACGACAUCAAGUGUACUUGGAGUAUUCCAGCAGAGAAGACAUAAAUGGUACCUCAGCAAGCCGUGAGGACAUUCUUAUGAUUGAAAGUAACAGCAUGAACAGCAGCAUUAGCAGCAGUAGUAGUGCUGGUGCUAACAUUACUAAUCGUAAUGAAACUAAUGCUGCCUAUCAAGCUCAGGAAUCACAUCAAGCUGUAACACGAUCCACAUCAUUAGUCACAUCAUCGGUACCUAAACCCAUGCAAACCUUCAACUCCUCAUCCUCAAUUAAUAAAAGUGGGCUGUACACUUCAACUGCACAGCAACAGCAUGUUCAUUACCAAGCAGCAAUUACUUCAUCUUCAUCUUCCUCUUCGUUACAUUCUGCUUACUCACCAUCCUCUGCUAAUGUGCCUAGCAAUGCAGGCGCUCUGUAUGCACCACAUUCCUCGAGUGGGCUACAUUCCCAUCCAUCUGGUGCUCAGGCAGCUACUAAUGUAGCCUAUCAGGCAGCACCCCAAAAGAGUGCUGGACAGAGAGGACAUGGGCCUCCCCCUUCAUUAGCAGAGCAACUGAAACAAGUUUUAGCUGAACGAGAGCGCCGAAUGUCAACAGGAGACCAAGCCAAUGCAUCCCGAGAUGGCUCGUCCGAAUUUAUAGAUCGAGAUCCAGCAGACGCUUUAGCCGAGGAAAUACGACAAGCUGUGAAUGAAGCCAAUGCUAGGGUUAAGAAAGCCCCUACUGGCCUCCUAACCACUCAAAGCUCCCAGUACCCAUGGCAGUACCCAAGCUCUCCAUCGUCAGUGUCUGUAUCCUCACUGAGCAGUUUGAGUGCUGACCCAAGCCCCAGCAAGCCCACUCCUGCUGACUCUACAGAAGACCUGCUGCAGAGAAGAGGGUCUCAUGUAUGGCAAAAUGUGCCAGUUACUGAAUGGUCCAAAGAACAGGUAUGCCAGUGGCUCCUUGCCCUGAGCCUUGAAAGCUGCAUUCCUCGGUUUCUAGAACAAGGCAUUGGAGGUGCUGCACUUCUGCAGCUAGAAUCCAAGGAUUUUAAGGCCCUUGGUGUGGGUGGGGAAGACAAAACUCGCUUGAAAAAGAAAUUGAAAGAUUUACGCCUAGCUGCAGAAAGGGAGCGCAAAACCUCAGAAAAAGAGAAAAAAGAGAGAGAUCGUAUGGUUCGCAAAGCAGAAAAGCUGGCUGAGAAAGCUAACAAACGUAAAUAGUUCUGGAAAAUUUUUUGCAUGAUUUCUCUACCAAAUUUCAUGAUUUAGUGGUAUCUCAUAUACGAACAUGAAAACAAUAUUCUCAACAUGUUGACAAGUGUAUGCAACUGUUUGAUGAGUCUUGUGUUGUUUCUAUGUUUAAGAGUCUUCCUCAGAAGUGCCACAUCCACCAAAAAUUAAGCCUAAUACACAAUUUGCUUCCAGCAGUGGAAGUAACUUUUUUCUUAUCAUACCUAGAGAAGAGUGUACUUUAAGUUUUAUUCUAUGCAAUUGUAUAAUUAGCUUAUGGCACUAAUAUUAGGUACAUAACUCUAUUUUACUAUCUGCUAGCAACCUGCAGAACCACUUUUCCCUGUUGGGCGUCUUACAAAGCAGGAGCAUUCAUUCCAAGAGUCGCUUAAAUGGUGCCAACGUAUCAUUUUCCAUUUGAGUCUUCAUGAAGUGAUUGUGACAACUUUCCAUUUUGUGAUAUGCCUAUUUUAUGUCCAGAAUCAUUUACCAGUUAGCACAGGUUUUUUUGUUAAUCCUUAAAUCUUAUUUGGGAUGAUAAUAAUUUACCCAAAUAGCCAUCUCCUCUUAGCAGUAUUUGUUAAAGUUAUUUUAUUACCCUUGUUUGAGCUCAAAGAGACCUAGUGCAAAAUUAUCUGAUGGUUGUUGCUUCAUGGGACGCAGUGUUUAAUGAAAGUGGCUGCGCAGGGAGUUGAACCCUGCUCCGUACUGAACUAAUGUUUUGGUUGUGUAGAGAAAAUGCUCAUUUAAGUUAAGCAUGAUUCCAAAAUGUGUGCACGUUUGUUGCACAUUUCUGCUGUGUAGGAAAAUUGUCAGUACUACUUGUAGGUUAUACUGACCAUAGAAAGUGACUUUAUGUCAAAUAGUAUUUCUUGCCUCAUGUGCUGUGUGGCAAUUUGUUUUUCUAGUCAUAAUUAUUUGGUGUAUGGCAUUUAAUGCCAAAAGUAACAAUGGAACAUCAUUCACAUUUGACCUUGUAGAGAUUGUACAAAACCUCCAUUACCUGCCCAAGAUUGUUCAUCAGUUCUCAUUAUUUAACAAAAUGUCAAUAAAGGAAACACUAUUGUACUUUCGAUUUUAAAACCUACUUACAAUUUAUAUCUCCUGAUAUAUCAUUUUAUUUCAUGAUUUGAUUUUAUUUUAACGAAUUUCAUGCAUACUUAUGCUAUAUCAAGUGAACUAUGCACCUCCUGAGAUUUUUUAUUUUCCCUCCGUUUGUGUGUUUUUCAUAAUUUGUCUGUUUCUGUGCUUAAGUGCAGCUUUUUUCAAAAUAUGUAUUUUAUUCAUGGUGUCUUUAUAUUGUUCAAUCAUGAUUAUGUCUGUGAUCUGGUGAUUAGUAAUUUUUUGUAACAAUUGUGUAUGGCAUUUAUUAUUUAUGUAUUUUAAGUUAACCGAUGUCACAAACGAAACCUUUUUAGUAUUUUGCUAUUGAUCAACAAGUAUGUUUGUUUCUUUUUGUUUAUGUUGUACUCUGCUUUUUUUGGGAAAUCAUGUUUCCCCUUUCUGUACUUGUUUGUUAAAAUCUUCCAUACUCAAUAUUUUGUUUCUUAGUGAUUCUGGCAGCUUACUCCAAAUCUCAUUGACUGAUUUGAUUUAUCUCAUGAGUGAUGUGUCGUUUCUCCUGAAACUUGUUUCUCAAAAUGGAACUUCAUCAAGAAACUUAAUUUGUGUGUGUUAAUGACUCAUUUUAUGGUUGUGUUGUUUUGAAUAUUAAUCAUUAUUGUUGUGUAUUUGUGAUUAUAACGGUAGUCCGUAUUAGGUAUGUUGUGAUUUUACUACUUAAUGAAAGGCUUAUGACAUCUGGUUCAACUCAAAACUUGAUAUUAAUUCAUGUUUAUUUCAUAAACUAUUUAUCUUCUUUUGCACUGCCAAAAUUAUUUUCUUUGUUUCAAUUGUUAAUUAUUAUUGUUACUACAAUGUCAUUUUUCUGUAACAGUUCCUAUCUGCUAAGAAAUCCAAUUUGAUGGAGCAUCUUGCUGUAGCCUUCAGUGUAGACCUAAUUUGAUCAGAAUAUCCUUCAAAAUCUUAAGUGUGCAAGUGUUUUAUAUUUAAGGGUACGGUUCAUCAUUUGUUCAUCUGCAUUCAUGUGUGAUGUCACAAUCAUCUACAAACUCCUUUAUGCUUCAGAAAUUUGGCUUCUUGUGAGUCGUUCUCCUCCUUGCGGUCACUAUGCCACAGACCAGAGAACAUGAUUGCAGCUCUUUCAUCUGUGCCCUGUGCCUGCUGCCAUUUUGACGGCACUGAAAAGUGCCACGUUCUCAGAUUCUCUAGAAAUGUUUGAUUACGGAAUACGCCAUAGCUUUUUGUUUAUAAACUUCUGUAGUUAUUUUGUAUAUUGUGACAUGUAUGCCUGUAUAUGUUGUUGUUUCAUUUUACUGUUGUUUCCUUGUUUGUCAUUAUUGUUGAUAUUGCAAGCCUAACUUAUUAUAACUCAUGUGUACUCCUGAAUUGUGGAAGCAUUUGUAGUAUUAACAUUGUCACAUGUAUUUAAUGUAUGUUUGUACUGUUUGGUUGGAUAAUUGUGUGAUAUUACGUAGCUGAUGGAUGACAAAACAAUUGUAUUGGAGUGAUAUAAAUUCAGUCCAAGAACC